CAGCGUCAGAUGGGAGUGGAAUAUAUACACAUGACUGCCUUCAACAUGUUUUCAGAUUAUUAGUCUGUUCAAAAGAGGAAACUUGUGGUUGGUAAAUGUUCCGCUUUUCACUCUGUUUGUGGCAGAAAAACCAGGGGUUCCAUGAUAUCACAACCAGCCUGCCAGCACUGGGCUGGUUAUGACUGGUCAGGAGAUGGAGAAUGUAAGGCACAAUUUAGGAAGUGAGAGAGGAGUGUUUGAGUUUCUUGGAUCCAAUGCUCAGCAGAGCGAGGUGUGGAAAUUCUAUCAAAAUACAAAGAAAAACAAAAAGAGGAAAAAGCCAGAUACUGUGGACUCUCCAUCUGAUUCAGAAAGGUAUGAAAAGGAAAGUCAAGGUUUUUAUUAAGUUGAUGCAGACGGAUACCAUUUUUAAAGAGUGGAAUCCAAUCCAACUCACGAAGGGUCUAAACAAGGAAAUGGGAGAGAAAUUUCCAAAGCUGUGGGCUGAGAAACUGUGUGACUGUCAACACUAAAAGGCAUUUAUGUGUCAGUUAAGGGAUACUGACCUCCUACCUUCAGGAAACCAAUGAAUACCCACCCCAUCCAGCGGUUCACAGUCUGCAAUCUCACAUUGACUUUAUGGUGCCAUCAGUGACUUCACUUUGAAGGCGGGACUUCCUAUAACACCAUGAAUACAGUUUUAAACCCUGCUUUCCCGGCGCUUGUUUCCGUGUUGAUGCUGCUGCAGUGCCAAGCCUUCAUCUUCAGAGAAAUCAUAGUGAAUGACCCCGUGACCUUCCCGUGUACCUGCUCUGGAAAUUGUCCGGCGGUCCAGUGGACCCGCUUCAUUCCCAGCGAAGCCGUCAUUGCUGAAAGCCGGAUGUGUCACACUGAACAGUAUUAUGAGAGAUUUUCAGUAUCAGGAAAUGCCGGCAGAGGAAAUUUCUCCCUGACGAUCAGUUCAGUGGCCUACAAUGAUGCCGGCUCCUACAGGUGCAGCUGUAAUAGAAACCCAGUUACUGAAGUAAAGCUGAAAGUUAUCGUUCCGACAGUUAUAAAGGCUUUCGAGAGGGAGAAUAUCACCCUCCCGUGCUACAGAAACACUUGGCACAAUGUUGAAGAUGUCAUAUGGAAGAAAGAUGGACAAAAGGUUCUGCUGUACACCCCGGCAAACAGAUCAGUGAUGACUGCUGAAGCAUCAGAAAGCAGAUUGAUGAUGUCAACAAAAGGUUUUCUAGAUGGUUGUCUCUCUCUUCACAUCAGUUCAGUUCAUCUGUCUGAUGCAGGAUUAUAUCAGUGUCUCCUCCAUGAUGAGUCUCAGGACGGAGACCCAGAAGCUGUUUUACUGAAGGUAGAAGGGCGACAACAAUUAUCAACCACCAACAGCAAUGAAGUUUCAGUCCUGUGUGUGUUUCUAGGAUUCAUCAUCUUCGUCAGCAUCAUUGGAUUAAUCGUUUACGUUGUGAGAAGAUGCUUCAGGAAAUCCAGAUCAGGAUUCAGAUCAGAUCCAGAUCAGGAUAACACACAUGACAGCAUUAAAACCAAAGCUCUUAUCUAAAUCCCUUUUCUUUUUAGAAUUGUUCUGCAGAAUCGACUCAUUUGAUUCAACUGACUCAUAUUCAGAGGAAUCAGAGUCAACUCCAAAAUUUCUCAUUUUGAAUAGCUAAAUCAGGUAUGAUAUGAAUGUAUGUAAUUAUAUAAUGGCUGGAGGACUCGAUUCACAGCUUGAGAUGUCUUCUGUAUCGACUCUGAUGUAUUUGCAUCUGCACUUGAAUUUGUUUCUGUGAGAGUUCUUUUUUUUUUUCUCAAAGUUUGUCAAGAAUUCAAACAGCUUCAUCAGUGGUGCAAUGCACAAAUGAAGCCAACUAACCAACUCAAUCAUGACCCCGUCUCACUUUCAUCUGGACUCAACCCCCUUAAGACUGGAUCUCAGGUAGUCCUGGUGUUGGACUUGCCUUGGACUCGACAUUGGUGUUCUUGACAACAGAAUGAUUUAUUAUUGUUCAUCUAUUAGCUAUCAAAGAUAAGAUUAAUUACUUUUAAAUGUAUUUUUAGGCACAAAGUCUAAACAGAAGCAUCAUAUGGAUUUUGUGAUGCGGCACCAUCUACAACCCCAAUUCCAAAAAAGU